GGUGCUGGUGGUGGGCGCGCUGCUCCGCCCGAGCGUCCCUGCCUCCCCUCUGCUCCCCUCCCGGUGCCCGGCUCAGUCGCGGCGGCCCACGCCCCACACCGCCUGGCGCCCCCUCCUCGCCAGGGCCGGCGCGGCCCCAGGACGUGGGCUUGGCGUCGGGAGCUCGGCCUCCUGGGAGCCCGCGGGGCCUGCGCGUCCCUGCCUGCAGCCUUCGACCUGGGCUCGGCCUUCCCGCAGUGUGAUCGUGAACAUGGACUUUUCUCGGCUCCACAUGUAUACGCCUCCUCAGUGCGUGCCCGAGAACACUGGCUACACGUAUGCACUCAGUUCAAGUUACUCUUCCGAUGCUCUGGAUUUCGAGACUCAGCACAAACUGGGUCCAGUGUUUGAUUCUCCAAGAAUGUCCCGCCGUGGUGUGCACCGGCUCAGCACAGCCACGGGGGGCGGCCAGGCUGGGGACGCUCAGUUCUGCACCAGCAGCACUACCACCCUGAAGGAGAGAGUGACCAGAAUAGCGAAACAGCACAGCAGCGCGGGCAGGCCGGCUCUGAGGAAGGGCGCGGCUUCUCUGCGGCCUCCCGUGCUGGACGAGUCUCUCAUCCGCGAGCAGACCCGGGUGGACCACUUCUGGGGUCUUGACGACGAUGGAGAUCUGAAAGGUGGAAGCAGAGCUGUCAUUCAGGGAAAUGGUGACAUGGCAGCAGAAGCCGCCAAGAGCAAUGGUUACACCUGUAGCAGCUGCAGCCUGCUGUCCGAGCGCAAGGACGCGCUCACCGCCGUGCCCGCCUCCCGUGGGACCGUGUCGAGGAUUUACUCGAGGGACAGGAAUCAGAAACGCGGCGCGUCGUUCUACCUGGAUAGGAUUCUGUGGCUGGUCACGUGCACGUCGUCAUCUUUCUCAUCAUUCUUAGUUCAACUUUUUCGAGUGGCUUUAACGAAGCUCAAUUAUGAAUCAGAAAAUUACAAAUUGAAAAGUUACAAAUCAGAAAGCUAUAAGUCAAAAAGCCGUGAAUCGCAAGCCCAUCCCGAUCACUGUGGCAGGAGGAGUGUAAAAGCGUUUCUCAGAGAGGACGGUCACCUCAGUGUGAAUGGGGAGGCGCUGUGCGAUGACGAUCAGGGGAAGGAGCGCCUGGAGACGCCCGCAGCCGUCCACCCGCCUUCGUCCGGGCUGCAGUGGGCAGCAGGGACCGCCGGGCACGCCUGUUCUCACACAGGUCACUUCCUGAUGCAGACGCUACGCAGGAUCGGGGCUGCAGGAUGGUUUGUGGCGGAGUCGCUGUUGUCGGUUCUUUGCUUGGCCAUGGCGGCUCCAGGGAAGGCGGCCUCUGGGACGUUCUGGCGGCUCGGGAAAGGAUGGUACCAGUUUGUGACUUUGAUUUCUUGGCUGAACGUGUUUCUUCUUACAAGGUGCCUUCGAAAUAUUUGCAAGUUUUUCAUCUUGCUCAUUCCACUAUUACUUUUACUAGGUGCGGGCCUUUCAUUAGGGGGCUGGAGUGACCUCCUUUCUUUCCUGCCUGUGGUCAACUGGACACGCGUGGACACCGCGCAGAGGGUCGAUGACCCCCCAGACACACUCACCUCGGGGCCUCUGCAGGAUGGUGACGAAGCUCUUCACUGGCGUGGGAUGAGUGAGGUGCAAAGGCAGGUGGCGUCUCUGUCUGGACAGUGUCGGAGCCACGACGAGAAGCUUAGAGAACUGGCGGCUUUGCUUCAGAAACUGCAGGCACGGGUGGACCAGAUGGACAGCGAUGGGGUGUCGUCCUGGGCUGCAGACAUGGCAGGGCUGCACUUAAAGGACAGGAAUGCUAAUGGACUGUUGGGCUCUCAGCAGCAUGAACUGCGCAUCUCAAACCUGGAAGACGCACUUGGACAGCUGACGGAAAAGUAUGAGGCCGUCCAGAGGGAGCUGCAGCAGACCACGCUCAGGACGGCCAGCGGAGCCGAGGAGGGGCAGCACCUCCUGUCUGUGGUGAAGCAGCUGGAGCUGGAGCUGGGCCACCUGCGGUUGCAACUGUCACGGCAUCUGGAAGGCGGCUGUGACAAGAUGGACGCCGUCAUGCGCGACAGAGUGGAUGCCCAGGUCAGAGAAACUGUCCAACUCCUGCUUUCCGACGACCCGCAAGCCGGUUCCUUUGAGAGGCUGCUUGAGAAGUUUUCUUCUCGCUUUGUUGGCAAGGACGACUUGCAGGUUUUACUACGCGAUCUAGAGCUGCAGAUACUGAAGAACAUAAGCCACCAUGUGUCUGUGACGAAACAGAUGCCAGCUUGUGAGGCAGUGGUGUCUGCUGUGAGCGAGGCAGGGGUUUCUGGAAUCACAGAGGCGCAAGCACACGUCAUCAUCAACAACGCCCUGAAGCUGUAUUCCCAGGACAAGACUGGCAUGGUGGACUUCGCUCUGGAGUCUGGUGGUGGUAGCGUCCUGAGCACUCGCUGUUCGGAGACAUACGAGACCAAGACGGCGCUCGUCAGCCUGUUUGGGAUCCCGCUGUGGUACCACUCCCAGUCGCCCCGCGUGGUGAUCCAGCCUGACAUCUAUCCAGGGAACUGCUGGGCGUUCAGAGGCUCCCAGGGGUACCUUGUGGUGAGGCUGUCGAUGAAAAUCCACCCGACCAGCUUCACCCUGGAACACAUACCCAAGAGCCUGUCGCCCACGGGCAACAUCACCAGCGCCCCCAAAGACUUCUCUGUCUACGGCCUGGAGAGUGAGUAUGAGGAGGAAGGGCAGCUGCUGGGACAGUUCACGUAUGAUCAGGAAGGGGAGUCCCUCCAGAUGUUCCACAUGCUGAAGAGACCUGAACGAGCGUUUCAAAUAGUGGAACUUCGCAUCUUUUCUAACUGGGGCCAUCCUGAAUACACGUGUCUCUAUCGGUUCAGAGUGCACGGAGAGCCCAUCAAGUAAAGAUGGGCCACACCGUUCUUGUACAUUUUGUAUAUACUGGGACAGCCCGAAACACUGGAUCCUUCCCGAGGGGCUGAGGGAGUGUCGGCAUCACAUUGUCUGUAAAUAAUUGUCACCCGGUGCCAGCAGCAGGACUGGGGCAGGAAGCGGGGAGCGCUGACCCUGGCAGGGAGUACUGCAUGUACGGAGGUCCCUGAGCAGAGGCGGUCUCGGAAAUGCGCCUGAAUGUAUGGUUCAAAGACACCUACUUUGUUUGGGGGGUUUGUGUUUAAACAUAAAGCUCUUUGUAUUUUCUUGACGUCAGGGACAAAGCAAAUGAAGUUACAAGGUUUGAAGUGUUCUUCACGCUUUCAGUGGCCUCUUUAAAGGACUUUUGGGGGCAGAUGUGUUUUUUCUUUUCAGUUCAGCACACAUUUCUUUCAGGGAGAAACUGUGUCACCAAAUUUUAGAGUACUGAACUCUUUCCUGUAGGGUGGGGCUUUUCCUUUAUUUAGCACCGGCAGUUAUUGGAAGUCACCAGGUGGGGAAAAGACUAAAAUGUGUUUUUCUGCUAAUUUGUUCUACUUCUUAGAAAGAUUUUCAAAGUCCGGACUCGGUGUGCUCAUUUCCAUUCAGGAACAUGGGCAAGUUUCAUUUUGUUGUAGGUUGAAGUGGGUCUGAUUGGAAAGGGGACGGUCUGGAUUGAAAGCAGCAUUAUCGAGUUCUCAGGUCUCCACUAGGCUUGUCCCAUUGGGAUCACCUUGGAGUUUUCAGCUCUCACUACAAAUAGAAACCAAGAAAUCCAAUCUUUUGGGUGUUUUCAGGUUUUCCUUUGGAUUUUGCUGAAAAGCAAGCACUAACAAUG